AUGACAUCGACCACCCUCAUGACUUUUCUACUGACGACCAACCCGGAGAUUCGAUCGGUGAAGCUGCUCGGAUCAUGGGACAAUUUCUCGAAGGCCUAUGCGAUGGAGCGGGACAGGCGCGCGGGGCCCGGUCAGUGGCGGGGAUGUCAUACUUUUACGGAUAUCGUGGGCGACGGGCCUCCUGGUAGUAAGACCCAAUGGCGAACAGGAGGCUUGAAGAUGGGAGCAACUUACUGGUACUACUACUUGCUGGACGAGGGUGUGGAAUACUUCAGUCAAGCCGAGCCCGUCACGACCAAAUGUCCUCUUUUACCAGGACAGCCAGUGAAUGUGCUCAACGUUCCUAUCAUCCUCCCUGACAGCCGGUCUCAUGGACGUUCGAGCAGCAACAGCUCGCAGAGGGCUGACUAUCGAACAAUGAACCCGGAGGACAAGUUUAUCAACCCGCGGAAGCCGCCGAAGCCCAAUUUGGCCUGUCUGCAGACCGCGGUGCCUCAUCCCCAACGCCCGAGCGCUUCUAACCCUAGUAGCACUUCCCCAGUCAGCGGUAUGGUUCAUCGCAGUGCCUCUCAACCGAAUAGUGCUACACACAGACACCAUCACGCACAGGACGCGCGCUCCGUGUCUCCUCCUAGAGCUCGUGCCCUCCCUGUUGCCCGGCCUAUUCAGGAGGCGAAGAGCCCGAAGUGGAUUGAUGUAUUACCGAGAUCCAACACGGUCCAUGCAACGGUGCGGGAUCGCCGCAAUGUCCCGGGCAUCAGCCUCAAUGCCGGUGGGGUGUCAUCGUCCGCGAACCAGCCCGAGUUCGCCGCAGCACCCACCAUUCAAACUCGUCGUGCAAUGAAAGCCAAUGGCAAUGAAGCUGGGCCGGCAUUGCACUUUCUCACAGUGGAUACGCGCCCCCAUCACCGCAAAGCCAGCCUCUCCAGAGGCGCCGCAGCUGGUCCCACCUUAGGAACGGUGGAUGAAACGCAGGCCUAUCAAGAGGCGUUAUCUUUAGCAACCACCGCUGAUCAGGUAACGCCAAGGAUCCGUAAUAUUCAAGAGAAAAGGCUUCCAACGCUGCCAAACACACCUUCCUCUGUCAUGGACGAGGCGGUGCUCGCCAUGGACGAGACGGACAAAGCCAUGAACGCACAGGUUCUCCGCAGCCACUUUUCGAGCCUGACCACCACAACAGACGAGUCCAUCCACUCACGGGCUGGCCCCGAAUGCAGCCGCUUUUCGGAAUGGAGCACCGACACCGACAUCGACACCGACACCGAGGUGAAGGACAACUCGCCUGAGUCGAUGAUCUCCGCAUCCACGUUGGACCAGAAAGCCAACGAGUACGAAUCCCCGGCCGUGGACGACUGGACAACCCCAGAGCUGUCGCAAGCAAACGACACCGCGACAAACACCGACCCGAACACGCCCCAUUUGACCGUGCACUCCAAGCCCUCCUCCCCCAACUCCGCAUCCGGCGACAUUCCCCCAUGGAAUAUGAACGCCAUUAACAUCUCCCUCCCCCAACUUACCGUCUCCCUCUCCUCACCUGGCCUCCAAUCCGGCCUGGGCAUCGACCAAAUGGACGAAGUGGAGAGCAACCCCAAACGCCACGCCGCCCUGUUCAGCGCCCUUGAGUCCUUGGAAUCCCUCUCGCUAUCCCGCAGCCCAGACGGGUCACCCAUCAUUCUACCCGAGAUUCAGCGCCGGUCAGAUGCCGAGCGCAUCGAGGCCGAUGAGGAGGUAUAUCGGCGUGUCCUGUCGCGCGCGAGCGAGGCUUCGUUCCGCGGAAAGAGCACUAUGCAGGAAAUGAUGGAUGAGCUCAGUUAUUUGAAGGACAUGAUCCAGGCCGAGAUGGAUGGGGAGCCUUUCUAG